GUUGAAAUUUUGGGAUUAUAAAAUGUCGAAAUGUUGUGAAUAAUGUUGAAAUUUCGCCUUUUUUUCUUUCGAUCUUUUCAAAUUUUGACUUUAUUCUCAAAAUGGAAAUUAAAAAAAUCAGUAGGCCUGUACAGUUGAAAUAAACAUCUACAUUAACCUACUAUCUGCAAUAGUAUCUUUAGAUCUCCACAACAUCAGUCUAAACUCUAAGAACGACACCCUUUUUGCCGUGUAUUGAGGUAUCAGUUUCCAGAUAUCCACAAAGCCAGUCUUUUUAUUGAUAAUUGAUCAUUUAGGAAAUCUAUGUAACAGUUCUUCUAACAGGAAAAAGACUAGUGAUGUUUGGAUUGUAGAUAUUUGAUAUGGGAGGGUUUCCAGGGAAGAACAUAUGUACAAGAAUGUACGUCCUUGAAAGGAAGAAUGACAUUGAUGAUAACGUGGAUGGGAAGAUUGACAUUGAAUAUCUUAAAUACUUCUUACAAAUGACAGGAGACAGUUCUGUUAAGGACAUCUCAAACAUGAUAACUGACAGGGAAGUGUUUGUCUUAAAACCGCUUACCACAAGAAUGACCACUAGACAUGUGGGAUACUUUCUUUCUAACACAAAAACUGCAUCAAAGGCUUUAAGAUAAUGUUUGAUACCAUACUGUAAACAUGGAUAAGAUCUUUUUCAACCAAUCCAAUCAGUGUAGGUACGAUGUAAAGAUAAACAGGAAACAAGUCUUCACUCCGGAUCAAGUAUUUCCCUUCCUUAUGUCGGUGUGCAAAUGCUGUGUGUGAGGUUUAUUGUUCUGAACAGUUGAGGUGUCACACUGACAGCUGCACACUAACUGACUCACAGAAACUGAAAUCAGCAGGUUAAAACAGCAGCUGUCAGCCUGAGGAGUUUGCGUUGUUUUAGUUGCUCGUGAAGGAAAAAUGUAGGGAAGUAAAGGGAAUAAAAAAGUCACCUUUACUGUGCUUAUAGUUGGAGCAAUUUCCUUUGAUUACGUGGCUGUGAACAUCGCUCUGUCACGGCACAUCCAUUUCUCACACUCUUCGUUUUCAGAAGACCUAAAGGUCUGUAAUAAAGUUUCCUGGGUCACUGUGCACAUUUCAGCUCCUUUUGUCUUCCGCAUUCAUUCCAGAUCGCUGCCACCAGACCCCAGACGUCAGGGCUUUCAAGCUCAGAGUACAAAAACCCCUCUUAAGACUCAUGUAGCUUUUAAACUUUCAGACUGUACCUCCUUUUUACAUUCCUCUGAUCUAAGCACCUGCAGCAGAGAGCAGCGGACACAGAAAGAGGCAGUUUGGACCGUGUGAACUCGACAGAUAAAACAGUCUGCUGUCUUUUCACCCUCUCCCUUGCUCUCUAUUCAAUCGCCUCCAAGUAUCUUGACAACCUUGCCUGGUAUUUUGGCAGCAGUCCCUUGAGUGUUGAUGUCAGCUGAGAGAGGGGAGGGGAGGAGAGGAGAGGAAGGUGGAGGGACUGAAAGAGAGAGAGAGAGAGAGAAAGAGAGAGGGGAUGGGGGGUAGGAGUGAGCGGGCUAUUCAAGGCACUUGUCCUCUGUCUCCCUCAGAGCUUAGAGGAGGGGGAGGCGCACAUGCAUUGAGACACACACACAUACACACACACACACACUUUCACACACACAUAGUGGUGGCCACAUUUUCACAGCCUGCUCCUCAGACUGACAGCAGCAAACGGAGUUGAGAGCCAGCGCGAUUGUGCAAGGGAGGACGGGAGAGAGGAGUAGGGACAAGGUAGAGGAGAGGACAGGACAGAGGAGAACGCAGGAUUUCCUCCUUUUUUUUUAAUCCUCUUUCAGCUCUCUUGGAGCCAUAAAAGGAAUCUUCCCCCUGAACUUGCUCUGCUACAGGACCUGCACCCUGCUAUGGCAGCCUUCUUGGGACACAGGGACACUGUCCCCCUUUUAUCACGUUCCUCUCAUCCUUGGACUUCCCUCCUCUGCGUUCUCUUGACCCUCAUAAGCCAUGUGCAGGGCUUUAACCUGGAUACUAGAACCACGCUGCAUAAGUUGGGGGACCGGGGCACCUUUUUUGGUUUCUCUGUAGCACUUCACCAACAGCUAACCCCUGAGCCCCAGAGUUGGUGAGUAGCUGAAUGCGGCACUGAGCUUGUCUUCAGUGUCUUAUGUGGGUUUGACUCUUUUUUUUUGCAGCAUGGAUGCUUCAGUGUUUGGCACCUGCUCCCUACAUCAUGAAUUUCUAUUUUUUGGCAGAAAAAAUCCCAGAUUGAAGUUAGCAUGUCUGUGCUUUUCAGUGGUCCUUACAUUUGCUUCAUCAUUGCUGCUCCCAUAACUCUGAUCAGAACUGGAUGCAGGAUGCUUUAGCAUGUUUAUGGGCAGAAAGAGCAGGCUGAGCAGCUCUGAGUGAUCAGAGGAUGAUUUACAGUAAGUGGAGAGUGGAUGAGAGCAGGCUUGCUGAAUCAGCAAGUAGUGAUUUUUGAAUAGAGGAGAAAAAUGGUUUCUGAGUGACUGUUUUAAAAUCUGGACUGCCUGCUUACCUCAAACAACCAGAGAGGAGAUGCUGGAGUGUGUGUAGCCGUGUGGAAAGAAGAGUUGCACAAAUGUCUAUGUGAGUGUUUUACAAAGUGGGGUCUGGAGGUCCACAGGGAACCUUAAGGGGCCCACAAAGUUCACACGGUAACAGAAUGACUAGUUUGUUUGGAUGCUCAGUGCCCUUCCUGUAGAUAGAAGUUGAAAAUCAAAAAUCCGAAAUGAUCAGAAAACACAGGGAUCGAAUUUUGUCAAAUAAGAUUUCAGGUCAAGCAUGUUUGUCUCGAGUUCCUCACAGUAAAAAAGUUUGAAAAAUUAGAUUAAAUUAUGUUAUUGAAAGAUAAAACUGUAUUAAAGAAUUAAGUUGGGCCGCAUAGACUGGCAUGUGACCACUUGGCUGGAGUGAUAACCUGAACAGGAACUUGGAUUGUAACCUGCAUGGGGGGAUUGGUGGUGCUAGCUCUGCUAGUGUUAGCCACAUCAGGUGAACCAGUUUGGACCUAACGAACAAAUCUGAUUUAAAUACUCGAGAUUCUGUCAUAUUCAGCUGUGUCAAUUAUGCUUGUAAUCAGGACCAUUAGUGAGACUUUAACCUUUUUUUUAAAUAUCAGAAAUUAGUCACUCGGUAACAUCCCUAAUGAGAACUUCUCUAUUCUCCUGUUUUCCAGCAGCUGUUGUGAUUCCCUGAUCAGUAUUACUGGAACACUGUAAAGUAGUGCUCCCAUCUCCAGAAAUCAUGAAUAAAUUAUUAUAUCAGGUCUGAUUGUAAAUCUCUGCCAAUGACAGUAACUGAAGAGCCUAUCCCCUCUAAAUCUCUUCAUUUAAAGAGGUGCCAAAACAGUUUUAAAGUCAUGAUAUCGUUUUUUUUUUCUAUAAAACCAAAAGUCUUGAAAUUUAGCACUUUUGUCGAACUUUUUAGAAUAUAUAUCAUGAUGUGUUACUUGUGGUUUGAUAUUUUGAAUGGAUGCUCUGUGCUGUAAUGACAGAAGUAUUUUGAUGCUAACCUUAUUAAAUGAAGUGGAGUAAAAGUAUUUUUUCCGCCUAACAAGAAGCAGGAUGGAUAAAAUGUAAAUAAAGGAGUGACUUUAGGAUAAGUUAAAUAUGGAGCUCCAGAUUUAACUGUUGGCUCCUCGGUUUACGGGGUCUGGAGUCGUCCUGUCGCCUGGUGAGACCGGUGACAUCAGCAUCACAGACAUAUAGACAGGGAGAGGCGGACUCAUGUCACCCCUCAGAAGCAUUCACACUGCCCAGCAGCAUUCCUGGUACUUAUUUUAAUAACUUACUCAAAAUAGGCUCAAAAGUAUGAGAGGAGAAUAUGCCUGCCUGGCCUACUGAUUCGGCCUGUUUCAAAGUGCAAACAGAGCAAAAACUCCUAAGAAGAUGCCCAUAAUGCACCAGUGACGUUAGUGCCAGGAGAAGAUGGUCAUUAAACUGAGCUGAUGUGCUGAUGUGAUGCAUCUACUGGAAGAGAGUGAUGAAUAAUGCUGUUACCAGUAUCCUGUGACAUCAUGUUGACUAUAUUCAAGGAUGACUGUGUAAUGAUUUCAUAUUUGUCAAUCUCCCAUCAUCUAUAGCCGUGAUUUUAAAGGUGCUGAGGUCAAGAAUCUGAAACUGACAGAUUUUCUUAUUUAACUUCACUUUUCACCCAAACUCUCGACUUGAAGAGGUCAUGUGUGUGGUUUAGGUUUAGCUUUAGAGGAGUAAAAACAGGUUUAUUUUUGUAGUUGUGUCCUGGUCUAUCCUGGAUACCUUUAUUUAUUUUUUUCCAAACAUAAAUUCACACGACCAGCAGUUGCCAGUCCUUAUUUUGAAGUCUGAUUCUGGUCUCUCUCACAUAUUUGGCCCUAUAGCUAACCAGUAUCCUACUAUUUCAAGAGGCUACCGUACUUUUUGGCUGUUUAGCUGGUGGAGUACAGAAAGUUUUCGCAGACUUUCAUCGAACAACCUGUUAAAGCAGCAGCUACUUGUUUAGAUGAUUAAACACACAUAUUCCUGGUUGUGGAUGUGAUCUUUUGGUGGACAUCUGUUAUAGUUCUGUAUAGGGCUGGGCGAUAUGGCCUUAAAUCAAUAUCAUGCUAUAUUGAGCAGUUCACCUCGAUAAUGAUAAAUGGACGAUAACUACUCCACAAGCUGCUCACCCCCUCCCAUAUUAACUUCCUUCACUUCAGCCGCUACAACUUCUGAACCGUCCUCCAUCCCCUCACCUGUCUUUCCCAAUUGUUACGGACUGGAUGGGGUGGAAUCAUAUCUCACGUCGGACAGCGUCUUAAAGGGAUAUGAGACCAUAGCCUACCUACACACAUCCAAAACCAACUUUUAUUUAUUUAUUUAUUAUUUAUCAAAAUGACAUUGGUUAUUGUCAUAAAUUUCAGUAUCGGUAAAUUUUCAGUUUAUCGCUCAGCCCUAGUUCUGUAUCAGUGUAUAUUUACAGUUACAAAGACCUCGGAGCUCUUAAAGCUACAGCCCUUAAAAACUCUGAGUGUCUCAUCUUCACUUUGGCCUCUUGGAGUUUGAAAUAUUUCACAUGAUUAUUAUUAUUAUUAUAAGAGAGAGAGGUCUAUUAUCCAGAGAGCAACACAGCAAUUAUCUCUACUGUCUGAAUAAUACAUUUCCAUUAAGCUCUGUAAACGUGUCUUCUCUGUGUGUCAGUGCGGCUCAGAUUUGGAAGUUUAGAUUUCAAAGGUGUUCACAUUAAAGUCUCUUUUCUUCUGAUGUACAAGCUCCAAACUUUCUGUCAUGAGAUGCUGUUGACUCAUUUUCUCUUUACAUCAGGGAGGUUUGGGUUACUGUUCCCUCUGGUCAUUCUGUGUUGGGACCCUUAUGUGUUUGCUUCCGGACUCAAAAGCACAACUGAUAUUAUCACCUUGAUGCUUUGUUCUGUGCUUACUCAUGCUUGUAUCAUACAGGCAGUAAAUAUUCAAGUGCGGUUAGAAAUCAGCUCAGCUACACCGGUCUGUUAGGGGGGUUUCUUCUCCUCUGGUUUUGUUGUCGAAAAACUUGUUGGAGGCACUUUAAGAAAAAAAAGUUUUAUGUAUUCCAUCAAAGAAUAUUCAGUUUCAUAACUUCACUGAAUUGUCUUUUUGUUCAGUUUUACAGAAUCUCUACAGAACAUGCCUGUGGCUACUCCAAACUGCUCCAUUUCAUUUUGGCACCAAAGGUCAAACCAUGUGACACAAUGAUCUCAUUCUGACUGAUGUUUUGUAACGAGAUCCUUGUUGGGGACAAUUUCGGUGGUAAUAAAAAGUAUGCCACACUCAGAUGAAAAAAGGGCCAUCAAUCUGCUUCUUCGGUGUUCUUCUUCAAACUUUCAACACUGUCAUUUUGUAUUUUCACACUUUGACCUAAAACAGGCCCACACAGCUGAACUCAGGGGGCUCCUACUGCUGCUGCUGCUGCUAAUGCCAGACAUAGGAUUAGACUAGGGGGUAUUUCAGUUUGAGUUAUGUGUGGGUCUGCUAUUUUUACAGCUAUGAGAAGUGCUUCCGCUAAUAGUUCACUGCUUGGUGAAGACAGGAAGCCCCCAGAGCUUAAUCCCACCACAGUCAACCUGCCCAAACUCUGCUACUGUAUGGAUAACACAUAACCAUCAAAUACAGCAAAAACUUUGUCUGACAGUUUGACUUGAACAGGAGGAUAUGAAGUGAUAGCAUUGAGGGACUUACUAUGACUUUGCAGAUAAUGUGGUGAAAAAGGCUUCUGCAUUAGAAAUUACAUUGUCAAAGAAUUGGUCGGAUAGGAUUUAAGGAUUUAAGAUCUAUACUGCAGCCAGUCACCAGGUGGCUUCACUUGGGGAAGCUGGUGUCCAAAUCACUCGGGCUGUGAUCAACCAAAGAAAUUCUUGGUUGACUAAUGCUGGGUUGCCUCAGAAGUUGGAUGUUGGAGCUGGGAAUGACGUUACACCGGAGUUGACGGUGUUCCAGUUAACAAGUCAGAAAACCAAGAUGGACACCUACAGUUUGCCGUUGUUAGCUGUUGUUUACAAUUGUCAGGUGUUGUUAGCCGUUGUUAGUUGUUGUUAGCUAUACCAGUCGUAACAGUUAGACGUUGGGUAGUACAACAUAUACCACUUGUUUCAUUUCACAAAAACAAAAAAGAAGUGCUAAUAAAUAAUACAUUAUGAGAGUUUUUACUGUUAAUCUUUACUGUUGAUUCACUGCGUUGUCAUCUUAAAUUAUGACAUUGUCGUCAAGUCAAGUUGGCGAGGAUCGUCCGACUUGCGGAGUCAGAAAUAUGACUUCAGGUGGGUGUUCCAGAUGAAUUUCCAACUAGGAGCUUGGAAACGCCAACUUCCGAGUACAACUGUAAUGCAGCAUAAAACCCUGAAAUUUUCGACCACAAGUCAACUAAUGGGGAAGGAUUUUUCCGACUCUGACGGCAAACCCUUAGACUGUAAAUUGACGCAUAAAAAAAAUUGCAUCGACCAAUCAGAAUUUUGGUCGACUCAGCACGUAUCGACCAAUAAGUCGACCUGUAGACUAGGACUUUACAGCGCUACGAAUCGCAAGCAGCAACCUCAGGUCUUCUUGAGUAAACUUGGAAACUGCAGUUCCUCCAGUGGCCACUUGAGGCUGGCAGCAAAAUUACAGGAAGCAGUAUUCAUGCCCAAAUUUAUAGAGCUUGUCCAUUUAUAUUUUUUGCUCUAAAAGUAAAUCAAAGCUGUGAAUGAAAGCUAAUCACCAAAUACAGUAGGACCUAACCCAUGGGAUUAGCUAAUCUCAAAAUACAUUUCCGUCUAAUAGUGUUGUGAUAGUGGAAUAUAUGCUCUCAGACAAACAAAGUGGUCCGACUAUCAGGUCCUUCAUUUUAAGUGCAGUGUUUGUAGUUCUGCUGAUAACACAGUCUGCUGUUCAGCUGAUAAUGUGUGGUCGGGGUCUGCUGAUUCUGAAUACAGUAAUAUGCUUUAUCAGACAUAAAUCAACUCCAUAGCAUCAUUAUAAAGCAUAAAGGGUUCUUUGUUUAUAUUUAUAUCACAGAAAAAAAAGGGCAUGUAAACACAUGCAUGCCUGAAAAGAGUGUUUCACCUUUCAGUUUCAUCGCAUUUCUUUAUAUUGAUCUCAAUCCCAUCAUUUAAUGUAAAGGCUUGAGCUCUUACAGAGGUGGGGGAUGGCAGGUCUUUCUUUGCAGCUCUGAUGGGGGUCAUAAAUCUUUUGUUAUUGUUUCCGAGGGGUCUCUAAAAAGCCUUUAAAGAGGAAAAAUGUGAUUUUUUCUCCAAUUUAACCUAAUAAUGGACCUUUAUUUAGUCUUAUGUUCUGAAGAAUUGCAAGUUUCCUUCCCCUUGACUUGCCUUUUCUAAGCACUUAAUUAUUUCAACAAUGUGUUUUAUUUCCUCUGGACAUUUCAUUAGUUUUUCAUCGUGUCAUAGCCGCACAUUGACUACAUCAUUAGACCGUGAUUUAGCAGACUGUCAGGCUGUUAGUGUAAGUGGAGGUAGAGCUGGCUGUGUUGCAUCGCCGUCGUGGGGAAAGUAGAAAGUCUCAGGUUGCAGCGAGGUUCAUGUUUACUGUGGUCUUUGCUUUGGUGCCUUUCUAAAGAGAGAUACUCCAUCUCACUGCCAUUGGGGCCACAGGUAGCCGGUAUAAUCCCAGACAUCUAGUCUGGAGUUUGGUUUCACUGGCUGAGUGAGAAUCUAAAACAGAGCUUUUGAAGCUGAACAAAUCCUCUCAGUGGACGGGAGCUUAGAAUAACUCUGCUUCAAAAAAAUAAGAGUGGAGCGUGGAGGGAUUUUUUUUGGAUUACUUCCAAAAGGUUACAAAGAUCUCCAUGAGGUGUAAUGCAAAUGGUAUGAACUCCAGCAGUUUGGUUUUCUGAAGGGAUGUUUUGAAAUGACUGACUGCCUGCUUGUUUUGGAAAUUCUGAUUCUAAUUAAGACAAAAGGUUAAGAAAACACUCAAUCAAAAUUCACUUGCUAGUAGCAGGUGGUGGCACUGCCGCUCUUGUGCAACCAUAGACUAUCUAACAAAUGGACUCAGCCGUGGUGACAUCAGUUUUGAAGUCUAAUGGUACGCUCACACCAAGUGCGAGGAAAAUCAUCUACUCGCUUAAUUUGCGCAAAUCUAGACGCGUGAAUGAAUAGUACUCGAUUCAUUUGCGUGUCAAUGGUAAUCCCUGCCAAUUCAACCGGCGAGAUCAAGUGAUAGACAAAGGCUUUCUAUGAGUUACCAGGUCAUGCGACCUCCUCACUCACUUGCCUCCACACGAGCUCCUUUUUAUUCCGGUUUCGGUAAUUGAAAGAAAAGGUAUCAUAUAAUUUGGGGCACCCACAUAACCACAUCAGUUUGUCCUUCAUUUUAGAUUCCAGGGAACAACCGUCCGUUAUCAUACGUCACCCGGCAACCUUCGUGCUGAUUGGUUAUUGCAAUGCAAAUAUCAGCUCAAUUUGAGACAUUUUUAGCUCCCAUCAAUCUGCGUCAUUCGCGCUGCCAGAGUAUUAGGAGCAUCUAAUCGCGUCUUUGCAUUGACUUAACAUGUAAUUCAUUCGCGCGAAUGAUUUUACUUGCGCUUGGUGUGUGGAGACAGUAAUGACGGUGGUCGCCAAAUUGGCGGUGCUAACUCAACCUAACUAGCUCGACUCUUUCUGGUGCUUCCGCAGCCACCCUCAAGUCAACACUCAGGGAAUUGCAGUUUCAAGCACUUCCGCAUCUGCUUCAUUUCAAGACCAGAGGUUGCCACUUAGGUUCAACAUGCAAAGCUUGCCCUUCAUGACAUUAAGGCAGCAUAGCUUCCUGAUUUUAGUCUAGAUGGCAAGGGUCAUAAACACAGAACAGGCGUGGGUCAAUACCAAGCAGGAUUAACAUAUUAUUACCCCUGCUCUUAAGCAUGACACCAAAGCUGGACUACUGUUUGGCUGCUUGGUGAACAGAUACAUUACAGAUAAUUUCAUGAAGGUGCUGGCUGGGCUGCUGCAAAUCUGAGCUAGUGUUUGCCAAGUUAAAUAAAAAUAAACUAGCUUUAACUUUAUAUCUUGGCUCUGUGAUUUAUCCUCCUUUACCUUCCAGUGUGUGUAAUAAGAAAUGAAUGUGUUUAAGUUGGCCAGCAUGUCUUUUUUUACACAUUCAUAACACAAUGAACCAUCUCUGGAGGCUAAUUAGCAUUAAAAUAGCCAUAUUAGAGCUGCUUUUUCAGUUGAGAAUGAACCGCUCCCUUUCUCCCUCCUCAAUUCAAUUCAUGAUUUUUCCCUGCUCCCUCCUUCUCUCCCUGUCUCUGCCUCUCUCCCUCUCUCUUUCUUGUUGCUAAAUCUCCUGGAGGCCAUUCAUGUAAAAGCCUCGUAAAUGUAAGAACUCACCCUGUUGCAAAGCUUAUUUAUAUGGGAGAUCAGAAAGAGCAAAGGGUAUACAGCACUGGCUGCACAACCCUGCACACACACACACAUGCAUGCACAUACGAUUAAUGCUCUUUACAAGCUCCCACUUUCUCUCUGUCUAUUUAGCAUUCCCCCAUUCCUCCACACCAGGCUGGACAAAAGCUCGGUGGGAAGCAGUGCAGCCCGGCAAAGAGCUUUCAGGAAUAUUGCUCUGCAGACCACGUGCUCUUUGAGGGACAAUCUGCAGAGUCAGGGCGAAAAAUACAACUUAUAUGUGAUGGGGUGCAGAAAACAAGCCAGGGCUGGUUUUGCAUCUGCACCUUCGAGAUUGUUGGAAGAUUAAAUCCUAAGAGGGUGAAGUUUCUAGCAUUUGUAGAAAAAUGUUAUCUAUUGCAGCAGCCAUUAUGUUUUAUUUGCACAUAUUAAACUUAGUGGUCAAACCAUACCAUAGACUAUGAAUGUCACAUGAUCUGUGUGUGGGGGAAGGUGAAGGGAUGAAUAAAUCAUGGCAGGGCUCCUCUUUGAUUGAAUAUGUGAAUGCAGUGUGUAUGUGUAGUUGUGUUUGUUUGAUACUGGUAAGAAAACAGUUUAGAUAAUCAGCCACUGAUUGGCCACCUAUUAGAUCUACUUACAUCAGACAGAGAUUGGAUAAAGCUGUAAAGAGCCACAAGGAUCAGGAAAUUACAAGAGAUGUGAAAGCUUUUUGUUUGUAUUCAUGGAAAGAGAUUCACUGAUUAAUUUGGCGUCUAACAAGCUGAACGUUUUCAGUAUUCGACCCUCUCUGCGCCAUGACCAUCACUCUCUUAUCUUUUCUAAUUUCCUCAAAUAUCUCCUGAUGGAAUAGGUCAAUGGAUAUGAGCGCUGUUUUUUUUUGUCACAAAGUGGGUUAGAUUUAGGAGAAGUCAGUGUGCCAAGAAAUUAUUUUUAAAAAAUCUUUCAAAGAUUAAAAAAAGCCAAAACUGAGCUUAUAUUAGCUUUUUUGUGAAAUUAAAAUGAGAAAAUCUUGACUGCAGCUGUCAUGUUUGUUAAUUAGUCUGAGGAUUUAUGCUUUUAAAAUCCUAAAUGGCUUUACAGCAAGUGAUUUUACAGAGAAGUUAAUAUUUAAACCUGCAGCUGUUGCAUACAAAAACUCUGUAAAGAUGGCUGCAUUCAUUGUUUAAGCUAAAACAGUCUAUUGGUAAUACAUUCAUAGAGUACCACCUAUUUAAAGACCGCACCCUAAUGAAAAUCAAGUUUUUCUUGUUUUUAACAUGUUUAUAUGACAUUUUUCUGAUGCUACAGGAUAUAUCAUGAGAAAAGUAAGUGCGAAAUUGCAUUUUUGAGCAUUUCCGCUUUCAAAUAGCUGUGAAUCUCUGGCAGACCCAAACGGCAGGUUCAGACAGUGAGAUUUCCCAUGUCACAAAUCCAAGCUCCACCCCCGGAGCCCCGCUAUGCAAGCCAGGCUCGGAGAAAAUAGAGAGGAUGAUUGCCGAACAAGCGUGUGCGUUAGCAGAUUUCAAAGCUAAGAUAUGAUAUUAAAAUAUGAUAUUAGCUAAAAUAUGCUACCUGCUACUUCUACUACACCGGCAAUGUUAGGCUACAAGCUAGCAUGACGAGAAGUGUGCAGAACAGCGCUCUCUCCGCCCACGAUUCAGAGGAGAAUUGCUAAUGAGCUACUGGAGCUCUGCAGAAGAAAAGCCCUUAAAAAUGGCACAGGCAACAUGAUUUUGGCUAAAAACUUCAUAAUCACAACUUAAAGACCACUGAGAAUACUUUAAGUAGUAUAAAACAAAACAAUCGGCGUGGGACUUCAAAUAAAAAUGAGACAGGCUACAUCAAAUGCGAGCUAACAGUCAGUAUGUUUGCAUGUAAAGUGAAGUCAAGCUACAGUCAUAGCUUGUCAUAGCAGAAUUCAAUUAUUUAGGUGGAAUUAUGGCCCCUUUCAGCUAUCAGGUUGUCUCCUAGUUCAUCUAUAACAUAUCAAAACAAUCGACAAACCCUGUACAAGAGUAAUGAACAUCAAAUCACUUUUACGUCUUUGUAUCGUCACAGAGGAAAUCAAUCCUCAACUGUGUUAUCUAGGUACAGUAUGUUAGUCCAACUAUGAGACGUCGAUUUAGCGUGAUUUUAGUAGGACUAAUGUGGUAAUAUGUUGUCUAUAGUCCAUUUUCUGUCAGACUGAUGUAACAAAUCGAUUUCUCACUUUGACAGGACAAAACGUACGUACUCCAAAUAGAGGCAAACAAAAAUAAAAAACACAAUCAGUGUAUCUGGAUCAAUAGAUGGAUAAGUGGAUAAGGAGGGAUGAAGAAAAGGAGGAGAUACAAAGUGACAGCAGGGAUAGUGUCAGGGUUAUUAGGUCCUCUUUACUCUUUGGACCUGAGGGCCAAUCAUUACCCCAUCCAUGUCUGGAAAUGUCUGUUCACUUAUUGAUCGGCCGAGUGCCAGGUGGUGAGCCAGCGAGGGGUUGUUAAAGAUGCAUGUGAAGUGAGGAUGGGGUUACAAUUGUCCUCUAAAAGCUUACUAUUUAUACCCCCUCUCCUUCCUGAAACAUACUUUAGGUGUUUAGUAUAACUUCAGAUGGGUUCUCGAUGUUUUAUAGUGAUGUUAAAAUAUCCUUAUGAUCAACGAGAACAAAUUGCUUAAGCAGGAAGUUGAGUCACAUCCGUGGGCAGUGAACCACAGUAUCCCAAAGGGGCUUUUUGCAUGGCCUGGCAGCUGUUUCUGUCUCUCUCUUUGCCCUUUAAUGUGCAUCAGCCAAUCCCUUUUUCUCUCCUCUGCCCUGAGAGUAGAGAUGUUAAAAACACGAUGAUUCACAGCUGGGUCACCUCAUUCUCAGCUGUCAUUUUGUCAUCAAGAAAACUGAAAACAGAAACUUAAGUCAGGUGUGGGAGCAGCGAUUUUUCCCCAAACAGGCCUCUAAAUCGCUGCUCUAUGAGGGAGAUCGUCACAGUGGACUCUGUUGGACGGGCUGCAGUCGGCGUGAUGAUCCACAGUUUACACAGUUGUUGCACAACCGUGUCUGUGGGAGAGUUUAUGAACAAAUACUCAGGUUCUGUACACUCUGUUAAUGUCUGCAUGCUUGCACAUGUUGUCCUUUGCAUGUAGAUAUAUUGUGUGUGUGUUUGUGUGUCCAGGUCAAAGGUCAUAAUCUCGCCCCAGGGUAACACAAUGCCCAAAGAGCCCCCCUGGCCCCCAUGCUGAUCCUAUACUGCCUCUGUCUGAAGAGCAACAGCCUAACACUGCUCUCAGGAUGGACAGAUGUCAAAGGGAGUGAGCACACAGAUUAGAAAGGAGCAAAUGAAAACGAACAAAAAUUAACAUUCGAAAUGUUUCGUGUGUAUUCGAUUGUAACAGCUCAUGGUUUUUAUUAGCGUGGGAAUGAACACGCCUGGAAAAUUCUAGAGAAGGGUUGGGCUCUAUCUGUUUAGAGACUGAUCAGCUCUUUGCUCUGGAAUUAAUUUCCCCGAAGCGAUUUUUGUCAGGCCUUUUAAAACCGAGCUUGCAUCUUAAUGUCUGUCUACUCUCCCUCACCCUCAUGACUAAAAUAUUUAUGUCAGACUUUCCCCCUUUUUCUAUAAACAGAGCCAACUGGAAUUCAGAAAUUCCCCCCGAACAUCUUAAAAUACGUUUGUGCAGAUGUUUGCGAGUCUUAUUUGUGUAUGCGCGUGUUUACUUGUAGACAGGUUAAAGGAAAUCUUGCACUUGGCCUCCUGUCUGUGAACUGUCAGUGGAAUACACAAAUAGAUUUUGAAAAGAAUUUGAGCAACACCAGAAGAGUAAAGCAGAUUCAAUUGACCCCAGAAGCAUGCAUCCUGCGAAAGAAAGCAUAAACUGCAUGCACAAGCUGCAAGUCGAGGUGUUAGGGGACAGGAUGAGGUUGCCAGUUGUUUGAAAAAUGGGAAACCAAUCCACUAUCUUUGACAAGCAUUGUGUUGUGUUUCUCCUCUUUAAAGAAUUAGCAUUGCUCUGAAUAUUGGCAGCAUAUUUGAUGUGUUGUUGUCAUGUGUUUCCACUCAGUCUUACUCAAAAUUUGUCACUGUGUGCAGAGAUGUCACCCCCUCAGAGUGGGGGAGGAGUAAAAAGGAUGAUAGUGUGUCUGAAUAUGUGUGUGUGUGUGUGUGUUGGCUUUAGAUGGAGGAGGGGUGGAUGAGAUCGUGGGGAGAAUGAGUUUUGGGGUCACUGCACAUGCUCCCCUGAAUGAGCACAUGGUUUAAGUGUGGUGUAAUGAGGGUCUGGUGUGUGACGCUUUUAUGUCUGUGAUGAUUAGCUGGAAAAACAAAGGGGGAUUUUUGUGACAGUGGAGGGUGGGGUUAGAAAUGACAACCUAAUCAGCAGCAGUAUGAAUAUUUGGACUGUGGCGGUGUUUUGAUUAAGUAUCUACGUGUGAAGUUAACUGGGCGUCUUCACACUUACUUAUCAGCACCAGGACUACCUACCAGUUUAAGAAAUGAUUUAUCUUUUUAUUGUCAUAGGCAAUAGAAAAUCUCAUAAUGCAAUCCAUAAAUACCAGAUAUUACUCUUAUACCCUCACAAAAAACACAGCAGCAGGAGAGAGAAGUGACCACAGCACCUUUGAUGACAAAACUGCAGCUGAAUAAUGCCAUCACACAAACAACGUCAAUCUGGCGACAUAUAUUAUCGUACCAAUAGAGCCACCAAAUGGCCGUGUUCAAGGCCUCACAAUAUCAAAUACUCAAGAUCGAAACAACGUGACAAUAAUAACGCGCACACCCAAUACACAGCAAUCAAUAUACAAAGCCACCACACACAAUAUACCACAGCAAAACAGCCAUUUUAGCACACACCCUCACAUGUACCGCCAGAAUUUCACUUUGAUUCAACAAUAUGUAAACUAUAUUGUAAAUUCCACGUAGAAUAAUAGACUCACCGAUGUUGAUCACUUCCUGAAGAGGAAUGACGCUCUGCGGUCCUUCAUGUGCGCAAACUUCUCUGUGACCUUGCUGUUAAAAUCCAAAAGUCCAUGGAUGAGUUCACUUUGCCAUGUUGCUCUAUGAUGGACGCCGAGCUAGUGAGAUCUGUGCAGUUCCCGCUCUUUCUUCUGAUCAGCAAUCUCGACUGUGCCCCACCUAGCAGAAACAGAGGCACAAUUAACUAUUCGCACACAACGAUACUACAUAGAGUAGGGAAACUGCGUUCAACAAAUGAAAACUGCAGACAUCUCAGUGUGUGGACAAAGUAGAACUUUUACGAAAGUUGGUGUAACUACAGAAGCAAGCGGUCAACGACAUUAAUCUCUCGAUGGGGUGUCUCACUCAGUGUUACUGUGUGUUUGACUCUUACUUAAUUUUACGCCGGAAUACUCCUUUAAGACUAGCCAGUCAGUCGUAAUACAAAUACAUAAUAAACAAGUGAGAACGUUUACUGACAUCAGAAGUCUACUCGCCGCAUGUUUUUCUUAAGAUUACUCAUAAAUAUGGGACAAAGAACAAAAAAAUAGGGAGUCCCAAGAACUGGACCUUGGGGUACACCCAAGCACCCACCUUGAGUUAGUACUUUCAUUUUAUUUUUACAGAAACAGGGUUGGGAUUAUGAAUAAAAAUAAAGUUUGUCUGGGGUUUUAUCCAGGCACCAUAUGGGGAAAGAGAAAUCAACUUCUAUUUCAAAACUACUCCUUUUUUUCCUUUUAAUCUCUCGCUAAUAUUAACAUAUUGAGGGGCAGUCCCAAACAAUAACCACUUGCCUAACAGAACUACUUAGUGAUGGAUAUCGCAAAAACGUCACUUUUGGGCGGCAGUGUGCGUCUUUAUGAGUCAAAAUGCUUGACUUAGUUACUUGAACACUGAAAUGAUUGCACAAAAUGUUUAAGAGGCAUUCAUGGUUUCCAGAUGAUGAACUUUAUGACUUUGGUGUCCCAGCCACUAGCAUGCCUGAAGACUCUCAGCCCUGUUGUAAUCUGUUAGUCUGGGGAAUCACUGAUGCUCCGGUGUGUUAUCUAAUCUAAGUAGACUACACAGCUCUGUGAGAAAACACACAAACAUACACACCUCUAUCAUGCCGGUGCCGACUCUGUUGCGUCUGGAUUCAUGAGGGUAUUUGACCAGACACCGUCAUGGUCACACUCAACACCCUGAUAUCUCUCAUCCUGGAUCAUACCCACAGCCACUCAUAUUACACACACCCACACAAACACUCCAUGUCAAAUCUGGGUUUACCGAAAGAUGAGCUGAGAGGAGAUCAUGAUCACACUGUCUGACUCAGGCCUGAACAAUGAGGCGGCUAAGGCACGAAUAACAAAAAGCAGUAGUCAUAACGAGUUAAAUUUGGGACAUGUGAGCCUCUGUGUGACUCCACUUUGUAGUUAUCAAAUGAUGGUAGAUUGUUGAUUACAUAGACAAUAUGUCCUUGUUUUGGAAAUCUAUUUCUAAUCGACUACUCAUAUCAUACAGUUGUGCUUUUUAUGAGGGAAAAACUAAGUAAAUUUGGGAAAAUACUAUCUUUUACAGCUGGCCUUAUGUAUUUUCACUGUUUUUAGUAGGUAAGUUGUGGCCUAACAGCGAUAGAUUUCUAACCUCGCCAUGUGUGCGUGACUUUAUUUUUGUAAAAUACAUCUCAAACCUCCGCUCUCUGGUUUCAUCCCUACAUAUCCCUCCUGUCUUCUGCUGUUUUUCCUCACUUGAAUAAUUUGACUCGACCAAACUUGGCCGAAUAUUAUGUUUAGGAGAUUUAGCAGCACAUGGACAAAUUGGGAGCCCUCCAACUCUCCCUCUUCUCUCUGCUAAAUACUGGCAGUACAACAGCUUCACAGACCUCACACCCUGACACCUGUCUGUGUAUCUGCACAUAUGUGGGCGAGGGGUAAACUGGUAUCACCUUCACUACUGAACAUAAACCAGGGCUCUCUGGAAUGUGCAGCUAUUUGAAGGGUCAGAUAAUCAGGUUUCUUAGCUGCUAUCCCGCUCUUAUUAAUUCGAACGUUCUUGUUUGAGGGUUUGCCGUUACCUUGACUCUGGUUGGUCGAGUUUCCCGUGUGGACUGGCAGUGAUGUGUGUCAUUUUUUCACUCCGGGUGGCUGAUUGGGGUGUUCAGUCCUCGAGGUGAGGAUAGAGUCAUUCUUAAAGCAUGCACGGCUGCACCUCAACAGAAGCACUUGUCAGGAACGAGAGGGUGGGAGGAGAAAAUGGAGCCAUCCUGCAGUCUUGGUGGCUGUGACAGGAGAUUCAGAGCCUGUGGGUAUUAUCGUGUCAGCAGUGAAUGUGAGGGCUAACGUAUUUUAUUACACUUACAGAAAAGAGGUUAAGUCAGGGUGGUCGCUAUUGUUGAGGUGUAAAGUGAGUAAAAAGUUGGGAUAUGUGGUGUCUGGUGUAUUAUCUUUGAUUUGUCCCUUUCCCAUCACCUUCAAAGCCGACUUUCCUUCAUAGUUACAUUUCUAUGAUCCUAAACUGCCACUGGGAAAAUAAGUUCUCUGCUGCUGUACUUCAUGUUGUUUUUCUUAAUGCAAAAUAUGACUUUAAAUCGAAGCAUAAAAGACAAAUUUAGAAUGACUCGAGCUGUGUUGACAGUGUUUCUUCUACUAAACUUUUCUGAGUUUGACCAGUUCUUUUAUCCAAAAGUGUUGAUGGCAUCAGUUACUCUUUAAAGCUCCUCUCAGGAGUUUUUUUGUCUUUUACGAAACAGAUUGAAACUAAUUUUGAUGCUUUUUUAUGAUAUCCAAAAGUAAACAAGACUAUCAGGAACAGGAUUUGCAGUUUGUACGUUGUUAUUUUUAGUGUCUGAAACCAGUGUGAGGGACUAGGUGUCAACAGAGCAGCCUGAAAAGACAUUUCUGGUAUUUACUUUGUUUUCUUGCUUGUGUCGGUGGUCAUGGCCAAAGAAGAAUUCAGACAAUUUUUCGUACUUUCUGGUUGGUUUCUACUGUCCGAUAUUGUAGCACGCUAACUUUGUUUGGGCUCGUGAACGUUAUUUGUGGAGCGUGCCUCACAACAUGAGGAAGCAGCAUCUGCCUCACAACCAAUCAGGUUGGGGCAGGUGGAGAACGGCUUUCUUUACAGUCAGAAUGAGCAGGAUGCUAAAAAAUGUCAAAAUGUUGACAACACAGACAUAACAAAACACAGCAAUAUUGUGAUAUUCCAAAAUGUCAUCAAUAACUAAGAGCUAUUGAAUGAUAUCAAAAGCUUUUUUGUAUAUACACCACAAAAAAGAUGCUUCCUACCCCACCUUAAAAAGUAAGACUGAGCACAACUUUGAGCAAAUAUUUUCAAUUUUUAAACUCUAUCCUCUAUUAAUAUAUUACUAUAUUUACUACUUAAAGGUCUUACGCUCCAAACAGUCUUACUAUGUCUGGUUGUCUGUUGUCACUCAGACGUCCAGUCUACGUCUCUGUCUGUUUGUCUGUGCAGGUCUCAUACACACUAUCAGUUUGCUACAAUAUAUUUAUAGUCAAAAUACUUCCCAGCCUCAGAGAUAACUCUAAUUUAAGUGUGGACACAACAAGGUAGACAUGAGGGGGGAGGUAAUGGGGACUUUUCACACCGUCUCUGGAGCCAGUCGUUACUCGUACAUUUCAGCCAUGCUCUUCCUCUGCCAACAUUUUCUGAUAAUUAUACGUGAGCUGCACAGUCGCUGUGUAACUGCUGUCGUCUUGGCGCUGAGUUUGAAGUGGAUCUCUCUCACAAUUUUGUCUUCCGGCCAUCUUAAAACCUGCUUCUAUUCUGCUAUCAUUCUUUUGGACCUCUGUUUCCUCAAGUCUUGCUUCCAUGCAUAUGCCAUGGCUGACGGUGUUGGGUGGAAUGUGGCUCAACGUUCAGUUUUUAAAUAGCAUCCUAGCCUGAAUCAGCCACUCCUAAUAAGGCAGAGGCAAGUGACACUGGCCCUGAAAUAUCACUAACCACCUCACUUAGAAUAAAACUUUUGCUAUAGUUGAUAGUGAGCGAUGACAGGUGAAAGCUCAAGUAUGUUAGCGCGAGUAAGAAACAGUACAGACAGGCUUCAGAGCCGGACUGAAGCAGUUUAGAGAGGGGAUAACACGACUGAACGAUGUGGUCUCAGCAGGAUUUAAAUGGUCUUGAUUUAGCUGCAGGUGUUUGUACUCAACAGUUAUGGCAGCUCAGGUCAGCUGAGGCAUUGUGUGAAACCUGCAACCAGUCACAUGUGAAAUUACAUGACAGCAGGGGAUGAACAAGGACUACCAGACACAGCGGGUCCUGUAUAGUUGGCAUAACAUUGUGAAAACUUCUCAGAUUACAACUGCAAAUAUAACCAAGUAUUACGCAGCUCAUGUGCUGUCACAAACCUCUGAUACAUGUCCUUUGGGAAAUCAGAAAUCCAUCUUCGACAUUAACUGUAUGUGAUGUCUUCCAGGAUCCUUGUGGGGGCGCCGCAGGCAGCAGGGCAGGGCCCGUUGCGGGGCAGGCGGCCUGGAGCUUUAUUCAAGUGUCCAAUCACACCUGAGGAGUACGACUGCGAGAGGGUGGAUAUUGAUGGAGAAUGUGAGUAUAUUAUAACCUGUAGAGAUUCAUCAGUUGACAGAUUGUGUCAGAAAAAAGAGUUUUAUCUGCUUUUUAAACAUACUUUAAAAUUAAUUAAUCAAUUAGCUAAUUCAUAAUAAUGCAUCUUUAUGAGCUACACAAGAAAAAGAAGACAAUAAGGGGCCAAAAUCGACAGGUUUAUGCCAAGUUUAUGGCAGUUUGCCGCAGGGUAGCUUUCAAACGGAUGUUUAAGUUAACAAAGAAAGUCUUUUAAAUCUUUACUUUUUACAUCGAACUUUCAUGAUGAUCAGUUAUACCCCUUACCCUUCAAAGGAAUGCAGGGCGAGAGUUUUUAUGUACAGGACAGAGUUAAUAGAUAGAUAAAAAGUUCUGCUUUGUCCACACGGGGCAAAGCCCAAUCCCAAAGAUCCCUAAAGAAGCAGAAAAAAAACAAAAAACUUUAAGUUAAUUUCGACCUCCAGAAGUGAAAUAUUUGUUGACUGUCUUGUCCUCCACUGACAAAAACUCUCUGUGGCAUUACUCAGGAGACAAUUUAAAAAAAACUUUUAUCUUGAGUAGAAAAAAAAUCUAAUCUCCUCAGAGUACAUCAGGCUUUUUUUAAAUCAGUGUCUCCUGAUUUUUGUUCUCGGCAGCCUCCUGUAAAAUUGCUUCAAAAUUCCUUCAAGGGCAACAAGAUACAAUGCCCUUCCUGUGUUGGACCUUGAUUGAACUACAGUCUGUUGCUUGAGGAAAUUCCUUGUUAUGACACUGUGCAUGCAGACAUAGCACAAUAACCCUAAGUGUUUGGGAAAGAACAAGUUGUAAUUAAAUGAUAAAAUAGCGUUUUUGCUUCUUUUAACUGUUUUUUAUGUUUUGUUUUCCAGUGGACCUGAACAAGGAGAGCAAAGACAACCAAUGGCUUGGAGUCACGGUGAAGAGUCAGGGGAUUGGCGGGAAAGUGGUGGUAAGUAAAGACAACAGCUGAUGCAUUUACGGACACUUAAGUCACCAAACACACAGGAAAUGUAUUUCUCAUACUGUUUCAUGUUUCUCAUUAGACCUGUGCUCACCUGUACGAGCUCAGACAGCGUGUGAGACAACCCUCAGAGACUCGCGACCCCAUUGGCCGUUGCUACGUCCUGAGUGAGGACCUGACGGUGAGAGAUGAACUGGACGGAGGCGACUGGAAGUUCUGUGAAGGGCGGCCGCAAGGACAUGAACAGUUUGGCUUCUGUCAGCAGGGCCUGUCUGUCAGUUUCACCCCAGACAACAACUUUAUUCUGUUUGGGGCCCCAGGAACUUACAACUGGAAAGGUAUGGAAGCUGAUUAUCCAGUUAUCCAGACAUGUUACUGCCUAUGAUGAGAUUUUCACUCCACUGGUGUUGUGAAAAUGCACCAGUUGUUUUUUUUUUUUUCAAGGGUUUUUGUGACUAAGAGCGAACCACAUAUCAUAAACUCUUAACAACCAGGGUUCUGACCUGACCUACGACUCAGUAGAUACUCUAUUUUUCUUUUAAAGAUUUAUGCACAAGUAUCCAGCAGGCAUUGAAGGACACAUUUUAAACCUAUUCCCCAAAUGUGUAUUCAUAACCACUCAUGAAUGCAGCACUAUUCCAGUGAGGAAAAAUGCAUUUUAAAUUGUAUGUAUUGAAAGAUUAAGGAUUGGUCACAUGGACUUUGACACUGGAUACAGAAAAAUUACAAAAACAAGAAAUACUGUUACAAUUGCUUUGAGCUGGGGAAUAGGACCAGCCCAUGUUAGCUGUCAAAUUAAAGCAUUACCAUCAACGGGCCAGGGAUUAAGAGAAAGCCAAUUGAUUUAUAAAGCAAUCUAGUAAUUGGGUAGAGAAAUUAUGCAGAGCAGCAGCGUGCACUCAAUCAAAGAAAGCGCAGCAAUUUAUCUGGUGCUGUGUGCGGUUACUGGACGGAUUCAUUCUGCACUGCCACAUGAGAUCAGUGCUGUAUGUGGCAGAUGCUGUUCAUGUUUAUGAUUCUGACUAUAAGCCUUUUUUUUAUAAAGCCUAAUGUACGGCUGUUUCUGAUGAUGCUUCUAGGUGAGAGUCCAGGUGUAAGUGAUUGUAUCUAUGUCAUUUUGCUUAGUACACACAAGAAGAGUAAGGGCCUGUGUCCACUGGGGGCAUUUUUUCUGAGCUGGCAGCAGGUCCGAUACAGUUUAACAAAUUCAGUCCUUAGCCUCCCAAGUAUAAAAGAAUUCUUGUUUUUGGGACAUGAGGAUGCUAGCAGCUACAAAAUGAAUGUGAAUGGAUACAGCUUGAUUUUAGUUGCCUUACUUUAAAAGUGGUCCAACUUUUGGAACAUCACCUCCCUUAUUAGUGUCACUUCUACUUCACCAACCAAUAAAAACCUGGAGGGGACUUUAAAUACAAGUUCCAAAUAAAUGGCAGUGAUAUUCUUUCAGUGUGCUCCUUGUGUGGUUGAUCUCAUAUUCAAGACUGUUUUUUAAGGGUAUAAUUUUUUAGGUUGAGUCCUAUUGCAGGACACAUCACUUUGAUAUUUUCUUGAAAAAAUGUGAAUUACAGCAAAAUUUAAUAGGCUAAACAGAGACUUUUAAAACAGACCAAAGGAGACAGCUUACACAGUUCAGCAUUGGUAAACAUUAGAGCGCUAUAAAACAGAGGUCAAAAGAAGUUGUUAAUGGACACAGGCCCUUACAAAUAUGAAUACUAAGUUUUUUGGGAUGCUGUGCAAAACAAACAGGAAUAGUUCUUGGAGGAUUCAGAAAAACAUCAGAAAACUUUUGAGGAACCUUAAUAUUUUAAAGCUUUAAAAAAUGUCUCUCUGUACGUAAUUUUUUACAAAUUCAGAUUUUAUUGACUGACAAAAGGUAUUUCCUGUUUUCUCCUGUUAAUUAAUUUCUUUCCUGUCUGUCUUCGCUAAAAACUUAACUGUGGUUUUGGAUUUCAGUGUUGGGACGUGAAAUUUGGUGUGUAAUUUUGUCUGCCAAUGUGUUGUUGUGCCUCUGCUGCGGCCCUCACCUUUCUCCGUUCCAGGCGAGAUGCGCGUCCAGCUACUGAACCAGACUCUGAUUGACCUCGGUUUCUAUGACGACGGACCCUACGAGGUGGCAGAUCAGAGCCAGCUUAAUGCCUCGCUCAUCCCUGUGCCCUACCACAGUUACCUGGGUAGGAUCUGCCCUCCCUGCUCACUGCUGCCUGUGCACAGGAGAGAAAGAGAGGGCCCAUGGGAGCGGGGGGCGACACCAGGGCUCAGACUGUACCUCACUUAGACCGCUGUACACCAUAAAUUGCUAGCCACAGUAGCAAAACUCCUCAAGAUUAUUUCUGGAUGAGCAUAUCUGAGUGUGACUUACUCUCACAUGGCCCUUAAUCUGACCCCGCCUUAGUUUUUUACAUUUUCCCAUGAGCAUGUGGGUGGAUAUGUGAAAAAUGUCCAGAGCUUAAUGCAGCCCGACUUGAAUUCUUAUGAUGCCAUACUAACUAAAAGUGUGCUGCUCCCUCUUUUCAGGGCAAAAACAAGGGGAAACAUUUACCAUAAAGGAAAUCCACCCCAUAAAAAUGACUGUACUGAUUCUAACCUCCGCCCUCUUCGAGAGACAGAUGUCAAAACUUUCAACAGGGCGGUGAACGGCACAAGGGUACAGUCUGAACCUGAAACGUCGCUCCUCCACCAGGUGCCAGCUGGUUUUGCAGGAGAAAACCACUGCAGCACCGCAAAGGCAAAAAACCAAUCAAUCACAGCCUGUCUCACCUGCACCUCCCUCUCCUCUUUUCUCUCUCUUUCCACUCUUUAUUUCUCCCCUCACCAUUUCACCACCCAAUCACUCCCCUCCCACACACCUCCCUCUGCUUCUCUCUCUUUCUCUAUCUUUUUUUUGUGUCUGUCUCGGGCCAUAGGGCUCUUGUUCAUGGCUAGCCCGAUUGAAGAUGAAGAUGAAAUGCUGUACAAAACUCUGGAGCCCUCCAGCCGGCCCACACCCUUUGAGGAUGUAGCUCAUAAUAGCUACUUAGGUUUGUAGGCGUGAGGUGUUUUUGUUUGGACCGGACUGGGCUUGUAGUGGAAGUAGUCCUCCCCUCUUAUCCGUCUCCGUCUUAAUUCUUUCUGCUAAUUCCGACUCGUGUCUAUGUUUGAGGAUAUCUAGUGUGUUAUCUUUGUACGUCCUGGGAUUUGGCGCCUCAGCUGCUACAAAGAGACAGCUAUCAAAUCUUUAUUUAACUAUUUUUUUAUUUUAUUUUGUAAGAUUUUAUAUCUAUAUACACUUUUAAAAUGUUCUCUUACUUUGAUUUGAUUUGGAAAAGUGAAAUAGAUGGUUGUCUCUGAGCAGCAGCGGGGUGUUUGUCUGUCCUGUCUGUAGAUAUCCAUCGUCUGUAGUGUGUCAGGUCAGUUUGCAUGUUUGUGUGUGAGUACGAGGCUUUCCAGGUGGUGGUGGUUUUCUGGUCGAUUGUUUGAUAGUGUUUCUACACUAACUAGACGGUUUGACUAACAAAAACAAAGAGUUUUCUUUUAGCUGAAUGGUAAUACUCGCAUUUUUCAUGAUGUUUACCGCCAUUGUAGUUUAAGCUGUAGCACGCUAACAUUUGUUUAUUAGCAAUUAACACAAUUUACAGCUGAGGUUGAUGUGAAUGUUAGAAUUUCCUCUGCUAUAGAGUUACAAGUAAAAGAAGAGAAGGAGAACAACUUGGAGCGUGGUGUUAGGAAGUAAUUGACCGUGCUAGAUCAUAGACUGUAUAUACAGUGGACAACUUGGUUCCGCCUUCAGCCGGUAUACAGAUUAGAAGCCGAAAAGCUCUCAGUAUUUCUGGGUUUUUUCUCCACUUCCUGAAACCAACAUUGUGCAGUAGCGCUGUACGCAUUAGGCGGGAAAGUCACCAAGAGUUGCUGUGAUGACGCUCUACUCAAACAGCGUAUCCCCCCUGGGUGAGCUAUGCAAUCUUCAUACAAACACGAACCCCUAAUAACUUUUAAAAAUGGAGCUGUACGGAAAAAGAGGAUUUGAGCACAAACCGGUCUUACAAUAACUACAUGUCAACAUCACAACCAGGGGGGAGAGAAAUUUAUAUUCUGUGUGAUUAAUUUCUAAAGUUUGUCCAAAGCUCCAUAGGGAUUCCUGGAGGAGGCGGGAUUUAUGACCUAUACUGCAGCCAGUCACCAGAGGGUGCUGUUCUCGGGGUGGCUUCACCCAGCGAGGAGGCAAAUGGCGUCCAUUCUAUAUACAGUCAAUGUGCUAGAUCAAAAGUUGAAAAGUAAACAAAGAUGACUGGGUCCAUCCUGCAGAGAUUGUGAAUAACCUCAUAAAUUUUCAGGGUCAACCAUGAAAAAGUUGUUUGAUCUAAAAUCAGAGUUUAAGAGCUGAGUUAAGUGGAGUUUUAGAGAAAAAUAUCAGAGAUUUAACUGCCACUAGGACAAGGAUUCAUCCUCUGGGAACCAUGAAUAUCUGAACCAAACUGUGGUUCAAUCCAUCUGGGAGAUACGGUGCGAGAUUCAAGUCUGGGAUCCCCAAAAGCUAAUCAGAUUUAUCCUCUGGAGACCACUGAACAGAUGUUGAGAUGUUUAUAUUGUGUGGAUUUUAGCUUGUAUUCCCAGGAUGCUCUGCUAUAGCGUUUUUUUAGCCGUAUAUACGACAGCUCCUGUUUGACUCCAGUUAUUACUGUUCUUCAAGUGUGAGGAUCUGCCAUCAAUCUCUUUACUCGCAUACCUCCAAGCCUGCCUACCCUGCUGCUCUCUGCAUUGAGCCGUCUCCUUGACAACACUAAUUCCCACAUGACCUUUUAGCCUUCAUUUAUUACUCACAUGCUUCCAUUGAUCCUAACCCAAUGAUACGGCACACCUUUGCAUGCUGACUAAAAUCAGAGAGACAGUGUUGAAGCUAUUCCUCCUUAUGUUUGUGAAAAUAUAAGGAAAUCCAACGGUUUCCUAUGGUUAAACCACAUCUUAAGAAUAAGUGUCUUGCUGUUAAGAGAGCUGAAUCAAGCCAGGUUUGUCAAGGCCAUAUCGAGGUGCAACAGCAGUUUAAAAGGCUGUUUAGGUUGUAAUUUAUUCGAACAAAGAAAAGGAAAAACAAUUUUUAAAUUUUUCUGCUUGUUUCAGGACAAAACUGUUUUUUUUCCAUCGCAUUACUCAGAGCAGGCAACCAAAUUGGAUGAAACAAACACAAAGGAAGGAGAGCACCUCUUAUUAAAGACUCAAAAGUGUAUAAUUAAUAAAAAAAUAACUAUGUUCAUUAAAUAUGUACAAUAUUAGGGUACUCUAAAGUCACAGUUGAAAGGCCAAAGCAGUAGUAAUGAGGACAGAUGCUGCUUCAAGCUUUUAUUUUCCUUUUAAUUUUACAGACACGACCUUGUAGCGAGGCUGCCCGUUAAAAGCCACCCUUUGUGGAAAAAGUAGCACCUUUGUCUCCGUCCGUCAGCUUUUACAGGAGCUGCCUCGCAGACUGUUGCAUUCCACACCUGCCACCCUGGAGCUGCUCACUGUUUGUCUCCAUUAUGUCCCCUAAACACCCCCUCCACCCUCCCCUCCUGCAUGUUUACUCAGGGCUAAAAAAUAACCCCCCCAUCCCACUCAGCCUGACUCCACUUCACGUCCUGAUAGAUCCUCCUCCCUUUUUCGCACCCUCUGCAUGGUUUUUAGCUGCUGAAGCAAGAGCAUGCGGUUGCUUCUGUCCAGGUUGAAAUGUUGGAUAUGAUAUGAGAUUUCUCGCACUCCCAUUUUGAGCGUUUUAGCACACUCUUGUUAUGAAGCAAACACUCACAGAUACACAGGCAUAAACACACCCUGCCCCCCUCUACUUGUCCAUUCCUUUUCUUUACCUGAUUUAUAUGCAUCCUCACAUUCCUACACACACACACACACUCAGGAUAUAAAUCUGAUUAACGUCCACCCACUAUGUUUAUAUUCAGCCUUCACUUGAGGCAGCCGAUACAAAGCAGCAGCAUCAUGAAUCUCAUGAGACAUUAGGAGAAGCCCCCGUUCAUCUCCCCCCCUGUUAACAUCACGGCCAACAUAUUUUUGCUCUGACCACUGGAAACAACCAUCCCAUGACAGCAAACACAGCACAUAGGACAUUUGCACCCAUCAUGAGUUUGGCAUUAAAUCAAUAGUCACUUAAGGCACACAUUUCAUUAGUAGGAAGAUGAGCAGACUUUGCUACACUGAGAGGAGAUGAGCUCCCGAGCUCCAUGGUCAAUACUAACCCCUGACCCUCUCCCUCUGUCCUGCCUUCCGCCUCCUCUCUCUCUCUCAUUUUGUCCUCCCAGGGUUUUCUGUGGACUCCGCCAUGGGGAUAAUGAGCCUCGGGGAGCUGACCUUUGUUGCGGGUGCACCUCGGGCCAAUCACACAGGGGCGGUGGUGCUGCUGAGGAAGGAUAAUGUGUAUCGGCUGGUGCCGCAGCACAUCUUCUGGGGGGAGGAGCUGGCGUCUUCAUUCGGAUACUCAGUGGCUACGACAGAUCUGAACAAUGAUGGGUGAGGGAAUACUCAGGGAGAAGAUAAAACUAGGUGGUGACUUAAAGGGAUAUUCCGGUGUGAAAUAAAUUUAGGGUCAAACACACCAUAACACUGAGUUAGACACCCCCUCGAGAGAUGAAUGUUGCGGACCGCUUGCUUCAAUCAAAACGCCACUCUAUAGCACCUAACUGCAUCAACAGUACAUAUAGGGUCCUAGCCACAGUACUAGCCAUCAAUCAUCUUUUUUACUUUGCCUAAUUUCUUUAGCAAAGAGUCUAAACACAACUCACCUACUCUCUUCCAGCAGCCGGUGUCUAACUCGGUGUCUAACUUGGUGUCACUAUGUGUUUGACCCUGAAUUAAUUUUGCCCCUCAAAGCUCCUGUGAGGAGUUUUUAAAGGGUGAAAGAAACAAUUUUUACUUGUAAACUAUAGUGAAAUAAAAGUUCCAAAAAUUUUAACUGAAGAUAUGAAAAAAGAAAUUCAGCAUGUCAACUUAGAGCACCUCAAAAUUUCUAGAAGAAGAACUUUACUGAUCCCUGAGGGGGAAAUACAGAGAUAUUUGGUACUUACCAGCUUCAUGCUAUGAGAAGCAGGGAGGAAAAGGGAGCUGGUUUUUACAGUAAAACCCAAGGGUUGGGAAUUACCAGUGGCCCCACAAUAUAUUAUCACGAUAUUUGGGCCACAAUACGAUUUUAUGGCGAUUUAUACACUUUUUUCAACUGUUUAGCUAAUUUAGCAUUUGUCUUUCCUUUAUAUUUGUCUUAUUUACAUUGUAUUUUAUUUUCAUGUAUUAUUGAAUUUAUUUUCAAGCACAUCUUGCAAACCUUAUAUACUGUAUAUUUGUUGCACCAACUUUCUCCUGCUCUAAGAUGUCACCUCUGCCAACCUUACUGGACAAACAGUUGAUUUUAUUUUUACCAUUAUCAUAGAUUUGACCUCAUAUCAACAAUUAGUUUUAAAAAAAUUAAUACUCGGUAAAUGUGACAAUACAAUAUAUCACCUGACAAAAUAUUGCGAUACUAUGCUGUAUCGAUUUUUUCUCUCACUGUUAUAAAACACAGAAAUCACUGUUCCCUCUAAUUCCAUGUAGCUUCUGUGUGUUUUUGUUCAUUAUUGAGUCGCGUGUCUCUGUCCAUCUUCAGCUGGACUGAUCUGAUCGUCGGAGCUCCGAAUUUCUUUGACCGUAAAGCAGAAAUCGGCGGAGCUGUGUACGUGUACCUGAACCCCUUCGGUCACUGGGACGAUCAGGCUCGGCCGAUCCGUCUCAACGGGACCUACGACUCCAUGUUUGGAAUGACAGUCAGCAACAUUGGAGAUCUGGACCAGGAUGGAUACGGAGGUUAGAGCCAGGGUUUCUGCUCAGUGCUCGCUUAGAUGCAGUCUUACUCACAUCACCUUAAAACAGAAAUGCACAGACUGUGUUAUCUCAUAUAACAUAAUUAAGGUUAUAAUAGUUUGAACUGAGCAAAAAAUUGACUUUAGGUUUCGAAGAGACACUUGAUAACCAGUAGUAGCAUGUCUCUGGUAUGCCUCCAUCUCUGGAUGUUUCUAUUUUAGACGGAAACUAUGACGCUUUUGGAAGUGAAGGGGUUUAGCUCAGUCUCCUUAUUUGGUGAAAGCUAAAUUCUUACGGGCAAACUUCCAGUUCCCACAAAGACUGAACAAUUGAAAGUAUGUUUUUAAUAUGCAUUUUUCAUCAUGUGUUAAGACAUCGCUGUGGGAGCACCAUUUGACGGAGACGGCAAAGUUUUCAUCUACAGAGGAUCAGACGCUGGAAUAGAGACAAAGCCUGCUCAGGUGAGUCACAAGGAAGGGAAGAGGAAAGGAGAAAAAAAGAAAAAAGGAAAGUCACAAAGUCGCCUGAUGAUAUGUUGAUUUUUGUUUCUUCAGGUGUUGGAUGGCAAAGAAUUUGACGUGAGACAGUUUGGAUACUCAAUCUCAGGGGGUUUGGAUAUUGAUAAUAAUCAAUACCCAGAUCUUGCUGUGGGAUCUCUCAACAACUCGGUGGUUCUCUUCAGGUAAGACAGGAACAGGGUGAACACGGUUCUAUGGUGUUUGGAAGAGUAAAAUACUGUGUUAUGUGUUGUUUACAACUAGUAUAACUAACCACUAGCAACAGCUGACAACUGCUAACAACUAACAAUGGCUGACUGUCAGCGUCCAUCUUGGUUUUCUGACUUGUUCACUGGAAGAGGUAUAUUUUUUUAUUUGUAGGACAGUAGGGGAAAGUCUCACCUCCUUCGCCUCUGAUUGGCUAGAAAAGCUGGAAACGUCAUCAAACGCUCAAGCCAAACGCGGGCUGUCGGCUCUGUACAUCGAACAGAACAUUACGGAACAUUAUCGCACUUCUGAAUCUCCUAAUCCUAACCUUAACCUGACAAACGAUGAUGUUUCACAGCCAAUAGGAAUAACCAAUCGGAGCCCAGCACUUCUAGCCAAUCAGAGGCGAGGAGGGCGGGACCUUCCCCUACCGUCCUCUAAAAAAAAAUAUUGCAUACCGGAACACGGUCAAUUUAGGUGUAAUGUCAUUCCUAGCUCCAAUAGCCGACUUCUGGGGUAACUGGAACGCAGCAUUACCCAUACAAAGACUGUAGCACCGUGUUCACAGUCAGACGUUAGGCAGUACAACAUAAACCACUUAUUAUAAAACAGAAGUGCUAAUAAAUAAUAUAUUACGAGAGCUUUCACUGUUACUCUUUACUGCUGAUGCACUGCGCUGCCAUCUUGGAUUAUGACGUUGACGUCAAAUCGGGGUUGACUUUCCGAGUCUGACUUGAGGGGGCGUUCCAGAUGAAUUUCCGACUGGGAGCUUAGAAAUCCCGACUUCCAAGUACAACUUGAACGCAGCAUAAGACAAAUGAGUCACUUUUUGUAUAACACCUUAAAGGCCAAACUAUUAAAUCUCUGUAACUUCAUAUUUUACUGCCAGUAAAUUCCAAAACUAAGGAGGGAUUAAAGAGUAUUAAAAAGGAGUGAUAGAUUAAACCUGCUCUUACAUCUCUGUCUGUCUUUGUGUCUUAAAGGUCCCAUCCAGUCAUUCAUGUGAUCAGAGAAGUAUCUAUUGAACCCCAACUGAUUGACCUGGAGCAGCGUAACUGUGAGGGCAGAGAUGGAGUCUGGUGAGAGCCGAUGAUGUGAUAAACAGAAUAACAGAAAACAGCAGCUGCAAACGUCUUUUACUCCGUGUGUGUGUUUCUUUUUUUCUUCUGAGUUGUGAAAACCCUAACACAGAUUAUUCCUUUCACUCUCCACCAUCUGCCUUUUUUAGCAUGGAGGUCAAGGCCUGCUUCACCUUCACAGCCCACCCACCAGACUACUCUCCACACAUCAGUAAGUCACAACCUGUUCUCAUGAGGGAUACGAGGAGUCGAUUCUAUUUACAGAGGAGAGCAACCUUAUCUGUGUGGAAACUUCAGGACUUUAUUUUGAUUAAAUCACAGCUGUGAAAUACUGUACUCCUGCAGAUGGAUGUUUCAUAUACGCUCAGCCCCUGGUGAGCUCUUUAGGAGCUCUCUGUGUGUGUGUGUGUGUGUCCUGACAUUUCAGUUAGUCUUCGUCUCUUCAUGCAUCUCGCCUGUUUUUCUCCUCUCAAGCUCUGGAGGUUCACUUUGAAGCUGACACCAAGCGCAGGAAAUUGGGCCUCCCGCACCGCGUUACCUUCCUGGGUCGCAGCUCUCUGCAUCCCGAGUACACUCAGACAGAGGAGUUGGAGAUACACCGGUAUCGGCCUGCGUGCACCUCUGCUGUCUUCCAAGUGCAUGUCAGUAAUGCAGAAUUACCCAGUGUAGUUUCUUUUUGAGAAUUUAACACACCUUCUGUUACCAUUUUCAAAGAUUUUAAAAACUGUAAUUUGAUGGCAGGUGUUUUACUUGACCUUUGAAUCACCAAAUUUAUGAAAAAUACGCAGCAUAAUUGAGCUGCAUGCACUUUUGCAAAAGCAGUUUUAUUUCCUAAAAGCUUUUUAACAAGUAUAAAUCCAAAUGCUGCCAAAAAAACAAACAAAAUUUACACUCUAACCAGACUUUCUGGAUGUUCACUAACCUUUUUAUAAUGCAGGAGAACAUCCGUGACAAACUGCGACCCAUCUCACUGGCGAUAACUCACACCAUCAAACCCAUGCGGCCGCCCAGACCUCCAGCCAACGGGCUGGAGAAGCUGGCGCCUGUCCUGAAUGUUUCUCCCUCCAACACACUGCACUCUGAGGUCUGUGACAACAAGGAAGUAUUUUAUGGUUGGGAUUUAAUCUCAUGGACUAGACGUGCCUGCAGAUCACUGUUUAACAAGUCAGACCCAAUUAGUCACUUCAUAUCAAAAGCAGAAAUUCAAGAUUUGUAAAGAAAAAAACGAACUCGCCUUGAAUUAAAACACAGAAAGAAGUUUUAAAUUCUGUUACUAACAAAGUGGGUUUUUCAUUUUACAUCAGCUCAGCUCAGAUCAACAGAAAAGAUAACAUGUGAAGGACUGGUCGCUGUCGUGUUUUUGAACCAGUAUCUUUUCCUGUAGUCUUUCCUGGUACAUCCUCUCGCUAUCUUAUGUAAACAUUGAUCCGCUGCAGUCACAGUUUGUCCCCCUUGUAUCCAGAAAAGACAUUUUUUAUGAACUCUGUUGUUAAAAAGUGUAACAUUAUUAUUCUGUAAGUUAUUUCCUUGAAGGUAACAUGUCAGUUGUAUUUAAAUGUAAAUUGGUUACAAUCCAUCAUUACUGUUGGCACAUUUUGUUUAACCCUUGGAGGUAGAGUUAGCAUGUGCUUUAAAGUUUAUAUACAGACUUCCUGUCCGUCUCAUUUUCCCUCUGAAGGUGAACUUCCUGCGGGAAGGAUGCGGGGUCGACAAAAUCUGCCAGAGCAACCUGAAGCUGAGCUACCAGUUUGGAACAAGACCCGUGACCUCUAACCUCUUCAAACCCCUGCCAAAGUUAGUAUCUGUGGAGCUGUUGACUUCUAUGAUCCGAACUAUUGCCCCUGCAACCUACAGAACACUCAAACUCAAACUCAAACUAUUACAGAUGAAGUUCUGUGUGUGCAGCGGUAAUUUUGUGAGCAUUUGCAGGGAAAAAAUAACGCCUGAUUUGAGUUUUGCUUUCAAUCACACACCUGAUCCUUACUUUCAUAUUCAAUGUUUCUUUUGGUACCUGGUAGAAGUAAGCUUAAGUUUUGCAAAUGGAUACUAACGUUGUUACCUUGAGUUGGGUUCCUCUGAUUAAUAAAGAAGUUCAGUGUUUGGAUGAAGUAAAAAUCAGAAAGUAAAGCAACAGUGUGCUGGUUGCCUUUUGUUACACAUCAAACCUCGCUCCUUCUUCCUUGUCUCUUACUAUAUCCCUCAUCCCGUUACUUGAUAAACGCAUGAAUAAGCCCACAAAAGUCUUCUUGGGCUUUUUGCCAUUAUUUUGGAAAGAGUACAGAAUAGAUUAGGGAAUAGGGAGCGAGAGAGAAAGCAGGAAGUGACAUGUGGGAAAGGAACUGUAGGCUAGAAUCCAACCUGGCCCACUUGAGGAUUAUAUAUGUUUAUAGGACUUCUGCUUGGCACGCUGAUCCAGCAGCAUUCUUAGAGAUCAUAAUUUUAUCCAUAAUAAUUCAGAGAAUCAAUCUUAACCUACAAAGUGACUCAAAAGGUGCUGUUGGUGUUGUUGAGAGUGAAAUGGAACAUCUUUUUGCUGAUUUGAUACAGAAAUUUGCAGAAAAUUGAAAGUGUUCGCUCUCCAGAAUUUUACUAAAAAGGUCAAAAAAAAAAGAAAAAAAUAGUCCCUUUCUUGAGUAAACUUACAGAUUAACAAGCGACUUUUAACAUUUUAAGAUUUUAUCAAAACCAGUGCAACAAUUUCUCUGAGUAUUUUCUUGACAACCGUCUGUGUUUGUAUUUCUCUGCUCUCUUCAGAGACGAGGAUGGCGUGCAGGUGUUUUCCCUGUCGGAUCAGCGACUGGUGGUGCUGGAGAUCACCGUCACCAACAUGCCCUCUGACCCCCUUUACCCCGAGGAGGACGGAGACGACGCCCACGCCGCUCAGCUGGUCAUCACCCUUCCUGACACUCUGUCGUAUGCCGGCUCCAGGAUCCCACCACAGGUACGAACUCUGAGAGGAAAAAUGUCUCAAAUUAGUCGUAAUUGUAUCACAUAUCGGACAUAUUGACAUUUUUCUCAUCCUGACUGACUGUAGAUGAGGUGUCAAGCAAACCAGAAUGGCUCCCAAGUCGAGUGUGACCUGGGAAACCCAAUGAAACGAGAUGCUAAGGUAAGAAAACAGAACAACUCAGCACUCUCAUCGUUUAAGGAUCUGUGCUCUUUCAAUAUUCCUCAGGAAAUAAACGAUCAUGUUGCUCUUUCAGCUGAAGUUCUCCAUCAACCUGAGCACGUCGAGCAUCACUAUUGAGACCACUGAGCUGACAGCAGAUCUCUCAUUGUCAACGUAAUUGAGCUUUCCUUAGACGUCAAGUUUUAUUAAAUGUCACAUAUGUUACAUGUCAGGUCUUCAGUAAUCGUCUCACUGUUCAUGAUUUUGUCUUCAGUAUCAGUGAGCAGCCUGACCUGGAACCAGUUACAGCUUUUGCUAAAGUUGUGAUAGAGCUCCCUCUGUCUGUCAGCGGGUGAGUUACACUUCUUAAAUAUGCCAUGUUUGUCUAUCUUUGUAUUUUUGUCUUUCUUAGUGUGUUUUAUCCAUGUCUUCUUUAAGUUGGACUACUCAAGUAUUAAAAUGAUGUCAGUUAUGUAAAUUAUGUGCAGUGUAUGGCUUGGAAAAGCUGAUGAAUUUUUAGAUUAAAUUAAUUGUGAAUAACAGCUUAACAUUAUCAAGGAUAAAAACAAAAAGUUCAAGUGAGAAAAAAAGUUAUACUGUUUCUUAUUUGAGGACUUCUGUGUGUUAGGUUGUGUAAGACUUUCUCACUGCUGUAAUAAAUCAGGCAUGUACGCCACUGAAGCAGGUAUUUCUCCAAACUAGAUGUGGAAAAAACCAUAGACUGUAUAUAGAAUGAAUACCGUCUGCCUCCUUGCUGGGUGAAGCCACUGCGAGAACAGCACUUUCUGGUGACGGGCUGCAGUAUAGGUCAUAAAUCCUCCAGCAAUCCCUAUGGAGUUGUGGACAAACUUUAAAAAUUAAUUACACGGAAUAUAAAUGUUUCUCCCCCCUGGUUGUGAUGUUGACAUGUAGUUACUGUCAGUCCUCUUUUUUCUGUACAACUCCAUAUUUAAAAGUUAUAAGGGGGUUCAUGUUUUCUAUGAUUGACACUUGAUACAGCCUAUGGACGUACAAAGAUUGCGUAGCUCACCCGGGACACGCUGUUUGAGCCGAACAUCCUCACAGCGACUCUUGGCUAAGGUGACCAGAUUUCUGUAAUGAAGUUCGGGGACAUCCAGAGCGGGUGGGGGGGCAUGGGCUGCGUGAUCACAGAUAACAUCUCGGUACAACUCAGUAGCAGCGCACGCCCACCAUAAUAACCCCCUGUAAAAACUGUUGAUCAGGACUGCGCGCAACAUGCUUACCCGUGCUUCCUACGCGCAACAUUUUUGUUCUCAUUCAUGAAACGCUUAAAUCAGGAACAUUUCCGUGGGCCAAGUUAGCCGGGGAUAGGUCAUCCAAUAUGGGGACUGUUCCUUGAAAGUAAGAGGAUGUCUGUUCACCUUACUCUUGGCGACUCUCCCGCUGAAUGCGUACAACGCUACUGCGCAAUGUUGGUUUCAGGAAGUGGAGAAAAAACCUGGAAUUUCUGAGAGGGCUUCAAAUCCGUAUACUGGUGGAAGGCGGAACCAAGUUGUCCAUAGCAUAUAAAGUCUAUGGGAAAAACACAUGUUAUUAUCUGUUAUAACAUUAAUUAGAUGCUGUAAAGACACAUCAGUUGCAUUGCUAAUGCUAAUAAUAAAGUUAAAGACAUAUACAACAUGUACCCGGUCGGUCACCCAAGACUGCCGAUGUUAUUCUUGUGAAUGUCUGUCUUGGUCCAGAUUCAGUUACAGAUAUUCUGGGGGUUGUUAAAGUAACGUAGGUUAAAUAUAGACCAUGGUGUCUCUGUACAUCUAUAUGAGACACCUGCUUUAACCCCAGAUUUGCUUGCGGCUGCCACUGAUCCUCAUAAAAAGCUGUCUGAUCCAUUAAUGUUCCUGUUUCUCUCCUGCAGGCUGGCUCGUCCUCACCAGCUGUUCUUCAGCGGGACGGUGAAGGGAGAGAGCGCCAUGGUGACUCUGGAUGACGUGGGCAGCCCUGUGGACUUUGAGUUUGUGGUGAGGAACCAGUCUCUCAACCACUUAUAUGAUUUUCCUGAAUUUCACAUUAUUUAUCCAAGGAAGAAGAUCAGCCAAUCACGGUUUCUUCUCAUGUGUGUUUUUGCCCGUCAGGUUGCCAAUCCAGGGCAGGCUCUGCAGACGCUCGGCUCAGCUUUUCUAAACAUCAUGUGGCCUUAUGAGCUGUCCAAUGAAAAAUGGCUCCUGUAUCCGGCUAGCUUGAAGUUUGAAGGUCAUCCAGACACGCACUGCACCUCUAUAGGUGCACUGAAUCCUUUGAGUUUGGAGUGGAACUCCUCAGCUGAUCCCGCGGUAAGCAGAGAAAAGCUGAUGCACUGUGUGACUCGGGACGGGAAUUUUGUUUUAAUAUCAUUAUUGGCAACCGAACACAUUUUUGAGAUCUGCUCAGUCUGCAUGGACUUUUAUGGAGGAGUCGAUAGUUCUUUUCAUUUCCUCGGGGGGCUCUUGAACUUGGCAGCCACGAUAGGAGUCUGUUAUAUUCUUUUAAGGUGAAGAAACACAGCUGGAGAAUUUCCUCUUCCUUCCCUUUUGCCUUUUGAUUAAAUGUCUCAGGAUAACCUACUUUCACUUGUUUUGGUGAAGCUUUAAAUUAAAUGGAAAGGAAGAGAUGAUAGAGGAUUUUUCAGCCCUUCAUACAUGAUAUGAACAUUGACUCAAACAUUAGCUGCUUCGUCUUUACAUUAGGAUAUGAGGUCCACAUGAUACCUGAAUACUUUCAUCAUCUUUCUUUGUCUCUUAUUGAAGAUUGCUCUGACCUUGCAUGUAUAAUUGUGUCUCUUUCAUCAGGUUGGGCGAAGGCGGCGCUCCCACCCAGAGGAGGAAGGUCAAGUGAAGACCAAAGGCAGCGUGAGACGAACCACCCCGGCCGUGGCAGCUUCAGAGAGACGAAAGUCACUCAGACUGGUGAGUGGGAGACAGACUGAGACAUGGGGAGAGAAGAAGAGGCAAAUGAAUGCAAAUCUAUGUUAUGCUGAUUUUCCUCGAUGCAGGUUUUAUCAAUUUUCUUCAUUUAUCCCUUCAAAGCUGCUUAUAUUCGUCUCUUGCUCGUCCCUAAAAGAGUCCCAGAGAGCUCAGUUUUCUGUUUUUUACCUCUAGGAUUGUCUUCUGGGGUCGGCCCGCUGUGUCGUGUUUCAGUGUCCACUUCACAGCUUCUCCGGUCAGGCCAUCCUCAAGAUCCACGCCCGCCUCUGGAACAGCAGCUUCAUAGAGGUGAAAAAAAAUAAAUAAAAAAAAUCAUCCUGCAAUCAUUACAUCAGUACCAACAUGAUCAUCCACCCUCCUCAUCUCAGCCCUCUCCAGCUGUUCCAGCUGCUGCUGGUGCUCACACUGAUCUAAUGCAAGUCAAUGAAUAAUGACUGCUGCAGCAAGUGCAGGAACAGAAUGAUUAAUGAGGGAUGUGUGAAGGCUUUGAAGUUCAGGCAGUCAGCAAACUGCGAAUACAGCUGUCAGCUUUGACCACUGAAUCGCCUGCAGCUAAAAGUUUAAUAUUCAGCUGGAGACCCAAGAGGAACAAGAAGUAUUACAGCUAACAUGAUGUUUACUUCCCCUACGAACACCCAACUUCAUAUUUUUGAGAUUCAGCUUUCUAUCUUGGAGUUCGACUCAUCGACACAUGAAUUAUGAGCGGAACAAAACUGACUUUGAAUCACUUAAUUUUGUUAUUUGGCAUUUGUCUUAUAAUCAUAGUUGAAGCAUCCCCACUAUUAAAACAGUUUGUUAUAAUUGAACAUUUUUGACUAAAUUACAAGGACAUUAAUAAUAAUGAUAAUAAUAAUAAUAAUAAUAAUACAUUUUAUUUAUAAGCGCCUUUCUGAACACUCAAGGACACUUUACAGAGUAAGAGCAGCAACAUAAAACAGCAAGAUAAGAGCAAUAGAGAAAAUAAAAUAAAAAUUAUAUUAAUAAAACAAAAAAAAAAUAAAAAUAAAAUAAAACAAAGUAAAAGAAAGUGAAAAAAAUUGUGCAGAUUUUAUAUCCCUAUAAUAAAAUUAAAGUAAAUUAAAUUAAAAAUAUAUAAAUAGAACAAACAAAAAAUAAAAUAAAAUUGAAAAAAAAAAAUUAAGUGAUUUUAUAUGCCUAUAAAUAAAACUUACUGAAUGUGAACAAAUGAAUUCGAUUUGGUAGAGGACGAGAUUCCAAAAAGAAGGUAAAAAUUGGUGUCUUUUUCCGAUACAAUAGACACACCUGUUUGGAACGCACACUUAAUCAAUAAAUAGUCCUGUGUCUUAUGAGGUCUUUUGACAUGGUGCACAAUAACUGGCAUAAAAAGGGGUGAUGCAUGUUAAAUGUUUAAAAAUUAUUAUUUAAUGAACACUUAUCUGCAUGUCCAAUUUGGCACAAAGUAGGCUGAAUGGAGCUAAAAUAUGAAAAAUUGCCACUACAAAAAAAAAAAAUUAAAUACACCAAAAUCGAUUUUAUGACUUAUCAUUGACAUGGGCCAUACUUUUUAAAAAUAACAGUGACAUGGUGCACAAUAAUUAUCCUAAUAAGGGUGGAGCAUCAAAUUUUUUAUUGGUCAGGGUUGAAGUUGUUUAAGAGAUAUGAGUCAAAAAAGCUAAAAUAAAAUGUUUAAAAAUUAUUAUUUUAUGAACACUUAUCUGCAUGUCUGUUUUGGGGACAAAGUAGGCUGGAUGGAGUUUAAAAUUAACAGAAACCAAGGGUUAACAAAUGAAUGGACAAGAUUACACUUUAAACAACAGUGAGGGAACUUAUCAGCUUCUGGAUAUCAAUCUCUUUUGUGUGUCUCUGCUCGUCAGGAGUAUUCAUCUGUCAGUGCUCUGGAGCUGCUGGUCAGAGCCAACAUCACUGUCAAGUCCAGCAUCAAACACCUGGUCCUCAAGGAUGCUGCUGCACAGGUACAGGGCUACCUUACAUUUCAAGAACAUGCAUUUUUGAUACUUUGCAUCAAGAUUUGUCCCCUGGAUGACUGCUUUUGUACUUAGGUGAUGGUUUAAAAAGGAUUUAUUCCCCUCUACGAUGUGAGACUAAAAGCUCCUGGAAGAACUUUUUAGGUGGUUAUGAAGCAGACUGUAUUUAAAACUGAUGUUCCCGUAUGAGCUACAAAAGCAAACCAGUCCAGAAACACUUGGACUUUUACAUUUACAAGGACGAGAUCAGCAGAUAGAAAAGUUCUGCUCUGUCCAAAGAAAGCCCCAAAAUCAGCGUCAACCACAAGUUCCUCACAGUCAUUUUGAGUGACGCCUGAUUUAGUCAAAGAUAAUCUUGAUGUUAACCUCCAGCAGUGAUACAUAUCAUCCUUUUGUGAUAUUUUUCCAUCCUAAUUGUAUCCCUCUCCAUCUCUUCCUCUCCAGGUUCCACUGAUGAUCUAUCCUGAACCUGGUCUCACAGAUCAGUACUGGAUCCCCUGGUGGAUCAUCCUCAUAGCUGUUCUUGCAGGCAUCUUUCUGCUGACUCUAUUAGUCUGCAUACUGUGGAAGGUAAAACACACACACACACACACACACACACACACACACACACACACACACACACACACACACACACACACACACACACACACACACAGAGUUGAUCUAUAACCUUAAAAAACACAAACUCAGUGAAGGCCUCUUGUUCUUCGUUUGAUUCCCAAAGAGUAAACAUUUGUUUUGAUUGUUGUACAGAUCUCAGACCAGCCUAAAGGCCUCAUAGUCUCAUUUCUCAUCUCUUUCACCUCACUGACUAAUAACACCAUCUCAUCACUUUCCAUAGUCAUGCAGUUAUUUCUGCUCUAUUGUUCUGCUGUGUCCUGAAAUCUUUUCUUCCUUCCAGCUCACACUCAUCUGUUCCUUUCCUCCUCUGUUUUGUUUGUCCUCUGUGUGUCAUCUCUAUUGUUCGGCUUCCUCUCAAAUCAAUCUGGGAUCUCUUCACCCCCAAAUCCCUUCUCUGUUUCAUUUUCCUGUUGUUCCCCCCUCUGGUUUCCUUCCCUCCACUCUCUUUCCUGUGGUGAUGUGCGGCUCAGUGCGGGUUCUUCAAACGCAGUGAGCGGCGUCCACACUAUGAGACGGAGUACUACCGCGCCCAUUUGGGCGUCCAACCCUCGGAGGCGGAGAAGCAGGCAUCAGAACUAUAAUAAAAAGAAUAUUUCACUCUCUGGCCUGCUCUCCCCUCCUCCUCUCCCUCCAAGCGGUAAACAAACUCUCCAAAAAUUGCUUUGUGGUGUGGCUGGUGGUGUGAAAUAUUAGCACGUUGUGGCACUCUUACUAACAAAACCACUGAGAUAUUAAAAUGAAGCUGUAGAUUGACGUGUAAAAGUAAACAUCUGUUAUUAGCUGUGCUUUAAGCCGUUCUCAUUUUGAACCCUCUACUGCGAAAUCUUUUGUCUCUAUUUAAAGGGAUAUUCCGACAUAAAUUUAAGUUACGGUCAAACACACCGUAACACCAAGUUAGACAACCCCUCAAGAGAUGAAUCUUGCCGAAUGCUUCCUUCUCUAGUUAAGUAACGACCGCACGAUAGCAAUACACAGCUGUCUACAUCUCCACACGCAAACCGCAACCAAAAAGCCACUCUAUAGCCACAAAUAAUGCUCAGAACAGCACCUAACUUCAUCAACAGUACAUAUAGGGUCCUAGCCAUAGUACUAGCCACAAACAUCUUUUUAACUUUGCCCGUUUUUUUUUUAGCAAAGAGACUAAACACAACUCACCCAUCCUCUUCCAGCAGCCGUUUGUUUGUGGGGGAGCCCCGAUAAGUCGGUCACUGAGUGCAGCGGAUCAUUUCCUUCAAGUUAGAAUCAUCAUAUUAAUCAUUUUGAACUGCAGAUGCGGUAGUUCUUCUGCCUAAGCAUCUCGGUCUGAUUGCAUUUUCAUGAAGAAAUAAUCAAAAAUGUUCUUCCUUGAGCUGCGAAACCCCACUGCACUCAGUGAUCGACACGUCAGGGCUCCCCCACAAACAAGUCGAUGUCAUAUAGGUAUUGCUGGUUUUGGUAUAACUAGAGAAGCAAGCGGUCGGCUACAUUCAUCUCUCGAGGGGGGUGUUAUGGUGUGUUUGACCAUAAUUUAAAUUUAUGCCAGAAUAUCCCUUUAAAUAAAAACUGCUGAUUAAAAUUCCCCAGAGUCAAAACUGACCCGUUUUCAUGAGUUACCGCUGAACAUGCUUUUCAGUUUUUACAUAAGAGCGCAUUUACAGUGACAGUGUAGGUACUGGUUGGAAAACUAAGUGGACCUGUUUUCAAGGAGGUUAAAUAUCAAACUAGGAGACAUUUGCAGGAGAAACUGACAGAUGUCUCGAUGAAAUUUUCAACCACUGGCCAAAUAAACCCAUCCAAUGCAUCAUGAGGACAUUUAUAAAUGUGUUUGUAAGGUUUACAGAUGCGCUAAUAAUGCAUUAUAAGAGGUGUGUUCAUAUAAAGUGUUCCCAUCAUUCUUGAAUCCUUGUGUGAAAAGACUGUCACCUGUAAUGCGUAAAUGUGAGGCUAACGUUACGUCUUAGGUGAAAAGUCAGUAUCCCAACCAACUGAUGAUUGAGGAUAUGUAAAUAACGUGUACAGAAUGAUUUAUAAUGUGCAGUAUAGAGAUAGUAAGUCUUAAAAUAUUAAAUAUAAAGACGAAAAAUGUCCCAGCAAAGUCUUAUUUCAUCCUUAAACAACCCCAGUUUCCCUUCAGACAACCAUGACAUAUGUCGCCAAAGUCUUUCUGUACUUCACUUAUUAUUCAUCGGUAUGUUCCACUUUGUUAUACUAAAAGAAAAAGCUUUAGAAUGAAAAAUAACUGUCUCACUUGGUAGAGUUUAAUAUAUCUUAAAUCCUUUUUCACUUAGACUGUUAGAUUGUGAUCUGUGUAUCUGGGAUUGUUUUGCACAGUAAGAAAACACUCUACAGCUUAUAUUGACUUUUUCUACACUUAUAACCAAACAAAAAGUACUUUUAUGAGGUUGGAGGUUUUACCAUUCGCCAUGGUUUAUACUAAGACUGGUUCAGAGUGCAGGUGGUAAGCUGUUGAGGCAGUUUUUCUAACACUUGCAGGCUUAAGUAGAAAGACUUGAGUAUCUCUUACAGAAACAAACAAACAGAUAAACUCGACAUAUGGAGGAGUUAAACAGUUAAAGGACCCCCUGUGCUUGGAUUAGGUUGGCUAUGACUUUGCAUUUAGCCAUCAAGCUGUUCUGUUCAUGUUAUUGAAUCAUGAAUAGUCAAAGUGCACUGUUGUGUUUACAUAAAGGCCUUAAAAAUGGAUCCUUUUAUUUGUUAUCUCCUCCUUCUUUAAACCCGUGCUGACUGAACACCAUCCAGCCAUCUCUCCUCCAGGCUGUCAGCCACCUGCCGUGCAGUGUGCUGUGCUGCAGUUGGGGGUUUCUCUUUGAUUUGCUCCGCUCGUUCAUUCUGGCAUCGCUCUAUGUGCCUGUCAUGCACUCUUCAGUCCAUUAACGAUCCUAUUUUCCCUAUAACCUGUGACUAAAUGACUUUUUUUAAGGUGCCAGAAUAAACGUAUCAUUAAUGUCAGUGGAUGUUUUUUUUAAUAAUGUGUUUUUUUCUUAAAGAUGCUUUGGCAGUGUGUUGGUUUGGUAUUAAAGGACACUAAAGACUGAUGCUGAAUUAGAAAUGAAGAGCAUGUGAAUGUGCUUUUAACCUUCCUCCUGUGUUAGCUUUUACUACGGGUCGGUUUGGACCUGUGUCUUAAAUCAGCUGCAAAUUACUCUAAAAACAAUUCUCUAUAAUCCAAUUUGGUUCUCAUCUCUAGGUUACCUUGUUAGGAUUCAUUAUCCAUGAAAAUAUUGCUAAUAAUAUACUCUUUUGUGAGCCUCUAGGCCUUUCUUUGUCAGUAUACUCCUCACACAGACAUCUAUACUGAAUUGAUCUCACAUGUCUGGACAUGCCCGAUGUUCCCACUGAGCAUUUUUUGGUCUAAAAGAGGUCUAAUAGACGUCUAAAUGUAGCCUAGACAACUGGUCUAAAAUCAGGCUAUCACAGGUCUAAAAAUGAAAGGUUUUUAGAUGUCCAGAUUUUAGACUAAAUCUAGAUCUGGGCUAUAUCUAUACUACACUGUAUAUUGUUCAACGGCUAUCAUAAUUAUUUUGAUUAAGUACUUGGAGAUCAGUUAUUCAACUCACAUUUGCUUUUGAAAUAAAUAGUUAUCGAAUAAUGGGCUAAAGUGCAACGUCUAGAUUCUGUCUAAAAAUAUACAGAAUCUAGACGGUUGAAAUUAGGUCUAAAAAAACUUGAUGUCUUAUAGCCGUCUGUUGCUCAGUGGGUUGUUUUUCAUGCAGGGAAAAACAUGGCAAAAUGAGAAUUUCCUAAAUCUCACAUGUUUGGAAGAGGUACUGUCAGUGUGGUGCCUGACAGUGCACUUAUGAUUUAAUAUUUAGAUAUUUAUCUAACUGAGUCAACAGCGACCCCUAACACGGCAAGUGCCAUAAUUUUAAUAGGAGCAUUUUAUAAUUUAGUUAAUUUAAUUUUUAUAUUGUUUAAAUAGAGGUUCCUGACACAGUCAAAAAGUCUCGAUGCAAAAAAGCUCAUUUAUGUGGUGACUUUAAGCACCAGCAACAAGAAUGGGUCGGUGCAGACCCAAACACAGGAGGAGGGAUAAAUUAAAGUCACCUAGACUGAAUGUGGUCUUUAAAUAACCCCUUCUGUAACAGAAGCAUUGCUCUGAGGGAGUAAAUGAGAGUUAAAUAUCUCAUUCCAGGCAUGAUAAUGGAAACUCUUAUCUAUUAAAAUGAGUGCAAAUGAGAGGGGCUACUUACAUUCUCUUUCAUAUACACUGAAUACCAUCAGUUAUAGUGUCUCCUUUCUCUCUCCAUCUACUCUCCGACAGUGUGGCUUCUUCCAGCGGGCCCACUACAAAGACAAAUUGCCUCAGCACCACGCGGUGAAGAUUCCUCGCCAGGACCGGCCACAGUUCCAGACUGAGAAGUCGGGAGUCAUCCACAAAAAGGAAUGGGCCACACACUGGAGCGACGGGACCUCUUAACUCCCUUUGAUGCACUGACUGACUGAAUCAAUUCAAGUAACCAUGUGCGGCCCUCAUUCUGUCUUUGUAUCAGGACUAUAAAAAAAGGUGCACACAGACUGAGAUCAUGACAUUUUGUGCACAUUGUACUGAGUCAGCGUGACAUAUUGGCAGCCUGGAUCUUCAAGUUCCUAUACGGUGGCCUCCCAACAGCUGGCCUGGGAUUGUCUGUUCAUAUUUUGCAUCUAGAUGAGUGUUUCACAGUAAAUACAGAAGGCCAGCAAAAAUAUUAGAACCAGUUCAGCUGCUAUGUGUGUUUAACGGCCAGCAGAGAGAGCACUGAAGCCCUCUGGGAAAAAAGGAAGAAAAAAAAUCACAACUCAGAGACAUGCAUGGAUGCACAAACAUACAGAUUAAUGUAACACGCAUACAUACACACUGGACUGUGUUGGUGAAGAAGCCACUGCCCUUUACAAAGACUACUUUUUGCCUUAACUACUGCAGGACUGACAGCUUCGAAGGGCAAAGAAAAGAAGCAUUUUUUUAUAUUGGAGAUUUCCUUUAAUAGUUAGCACUGAUAGACACUGGGAAACUGUAUGUAAGAUAUUGGUGAAGUAAAAUGUUGCAAAAAACUGAAUGUGCUUUUGUGUGGGCGCGCUGGUUGCUCUUCAGGAGGCUGUUGUUUAAGUUCACCUGAAGGUUUUUUUUUUUUACGUUUCCUGAUAUAGAGAAACGUUUGUUGUGUCUAACUUUCUUUUCAGUUUUGUCAAACUGUACUGUACAACAACAGUUUAUGACCUGGGUGAACUUGAAUAAGAACGAGAAAACCAUGUCGCAGCCUGUUUCAGACGUGGCCACAGCACCGUUGUUGUUGCAUGGAAACCAAAAUAUGUCAUGAGAGCAAAGCGGUAUUUAGAAUAUCAUCUGCCUUACAGUUUAAGCAUUUACACCUACGAACCAAACAUUGAUUCUUUGAAUCGAUAUCCUCGCUCGCAAGAGCAUUAAGUGUCCCAGCGUACAAGGGAAGAAUAUUUGGUAACACUUAAUUUAACGCAUAUCUCUAUAAUGCAUUAUAAAUAUAUUUACAAUGCGUUAUAAUCACGUUAUAGCAAUGUAUAACUAAAGUUAUAAACACUCAUAAAUGAGCAUAAUGCUUUAUUUUACUUUAUUGCAAUAAUCAUAACACAUUAUAAAGAAUUUUAUUCUAUCAUGAGUUACAAGGUCAGGUAUUGUAAUGUGUUAUAACUAUUCAAAACUCACUGACAAUGCCAACAUAGAUAAUACAAUGCAACUAUUGUUAACAUUCAUAACACAUUAUAAUACGUGACCUUGUAAGUCAUGAUAAAAUGUUUUAUAAUGUGUUUUGAUUAUUGCUAUAAAGCAUUAUGAUAAUUUAUAAGUGUUUAUAACUAAAGUUAUACAGUGCUUUAAUGUGAUUAUAACGCAUUAUACAUAUAUUUACAAUGUGUUAUAGAGAUAGGCAUCAAAUAAAGUGAUACCGAAUACUUGAAUAAAAGUAAAUCUGAGUGGAUCAGAUUAGAAAAUUAUUGACUUUUCAAGGUAAAACUUCAUUUUUUCACAAAUAUUUCCUUCAUUUGUGUCGUUUUUAAUCUUUUUAUUGGCCUUAAUAAUUUUCUUGUUCUUGGUAAUGUGCUCUGGUAACCCAAUAGUACGUUAACUUCAGUGAUGCUGAUGUUUCUAACUGCAUAUAAGUGCCUUAUAGUAAAAGUAGCAGAGUGUAAGCUACCGUUGAAGAACUGAAGGCAAUUAACAACAACUACAUCAGGCUGCUGAAGCAUCUGUUGGACACCUGUGGACAAACACAUCAUUUCACGCACCAAGGAAGGAGCGAGGAUGUCUAAACACACGGAGCGUGUCAGCGGGGAACCACACAGACUUUCUUUGGAUCUAAUUUGAGAGGAUGGAGUGGCUGUAAAGCAUGAAGAGUCGGCUUGUUUUCUAAGGUAUUGCUGGACAAUCUUGUAUUAGCUGCAUGGAGCUCCUUUUACUGUUCUGAUGUGCCCCUCUGUUUUUUAUUUUUUUUCUUUGUUUUUGUCGUGACCCCAUGUUUUUAUUUAUUUUUGUUUGGCAGCACUGUUUUAACAUUGUAAAUAAAGAAUAAAAAAUGAAAUAAACCCUCA